CAACAGUUGUUGUUAUGAAGACUGAGGGGAAGACAGGACUAUUUAUACACAAGAUGAUGCAGGAAGUGGAGACAAUUGGGGCAAACUAGACACAGCUGUAGACAAUCAAGACAGUGAGGAAGGGGAGGAAGUAAACUCAAGACAGGAAACAACUAACUUCCAAAGUAAACUUGAAUCUAACUCAAAGGACAACUUUUAUACACAGACCCGCUGAACAAAAAGAACACUGAGGAAACAAAGUACAAAUAAUAGACUCCAUAAAACAGUAAUGAGAACACAAACUAAAAUACAGGUGUGCAUAAUAUAAACAGCGAUAAUUGCUAAUAAAAAAAAAAAAACACAAUUAAACCAAAAUGUCAACGGGCAACUAAAUCUCACAGACCACACACACAGAAACGGACACAGGGGAGUUUAAAAUUAAUCAAAAACACGGAGAAAGGAACAAAAUAUGAAUAGCAAACUACAUAAAUGCUAACAGUAUAUGGAUUUCUAAAAUUCGAUUAAUAAAUCAAGAGGCUUUAUUUCACUCUGCAAGCAGACGACAAAAAUUACAUCAUGAAAAUGGGUCUAAUAAAAAAUGAAAAUAUGGAUUUCCUAUUUAACUACUUUUAGUAAUAUUUAUUUUCCAUUAUUCUGAUUUCAGCUUAGUGUGAGUCUUUACUGCAUACAGCAGUCAUUUAUGGUCAUGGUAGUUUCUCACUUACCUGCUUUUACUGCGAGUGCACCUCAUCUUGUGGAGGUGAGCUCAUAAGGAACAGGCAAUAUGAUAUUAACUGAGGUGACAACAAAACAUGGUCACACGUGUAAUAAAAUCUUCCUGACGAAAUGUUACAAACGUAAGCAUGGACGAAAAAAGCCAACAGGGAAAGCACCAUCUGAACUAGUGAGCCACGCAAACUCCAGGAAGAGGUCAGUAGGCCACGCCCAGCUGAUGCAUGAUAAGGGCCGGACCAUACACGAGUACACGCGCCGCAUGUGGCUACACGAGCUGCUGGAGGAGGUGCACACGGCUGAUGAUCGUGCUCCACCUGCGCAAAGCAGAACCUCGAGCCAAAGCUUCAGUGGAAACCACCAGAAGCCCUCUGGGGCCACCAAAGAUCUCUCUGACAGGUUCAGGCAGGACAGAGUGGGCCCUAACCUCCCUCAGGAGACCAACAAAGCUCAGGCUUAUAAGGAGUCACUUAAAGUUGCCACCAAGAGGAAAAAAAAGGUGAGGCUGGGCCGGCGUAGAGAAAACGACAAGAAGAGGAGGCGAGCACGGUCUGUCCUAACAAAGGCGCCACCACGGAUGGCUAUCUAAAAGUAAAAAAUUAAAAAAAACAGUACCCUUUAUGUGGUACUGCACUAAGACACUGACGCAGGCUGACUGAUGCCUGACAGACUCUAACGAUGCCAGACUCAGUCACUUCAUAUCAUAACCCUGAGUUUGUGCUUGUAUAUUAAUAUUUGGCUUUGUUUUACAAAAUACAAACAACAAUCUCACACUUCAUUUUAGUUUCAUGAUAACACCUGCUUAGGUCCAUAUUUAUUUGGAAAAUCUUUACAACUCUGCAGCCCUGAUUUACUUCCAAGCAGUGAUAUGUUUUGUAGUUUCAGAUGUACGCAAGUAGAGCACGGGAGGAAGUAUUUAUUUCCUAUACAUGAUAACUUCUACAAAUAAUGCGAUGCUGGGCAACCUGCUUUUUGUUUGGCUCUGAGUGCUGACCGUUAUGGACUUACACACAACAAACUGGUCAAUGAAUACAUCAGUUCAUAAUUUAUUGUACUUUAAAAUGUAUAUUUAUUUUGUGAAUGUAUUUCAGUGCUGCUGACUAAAUUCCAUAAUGCACUUUAGCUAUAUCCUGUAUUAUGUUCUUUUGUGGUUGAGAUUAUGGUUUAGUAUUUUUUUUUUUUUUUUUUUUUUCUAUGAUGGUCCUGCUUUUCUUUCACACCUUAGAUAACUCAGCGUACGCUUCAUUAAACCCACUUCAAUCACUUAACAUUGGAUUUUUCUUUUACAUAAAGCCAGAAUCAUCUACUGGACAAUCAAGUCUAGUCAAGUUAGCUUUAUUGUCACAAUGUUCUGCACGUGCACUGAGGGCAUACUGUAUAAUUUUCCAGUUAUUCAAACAUUAAAUAUGUAGUCCUUAGAGCUA